CUGCCCAGAGGUUGCGGGAGCCCAGUCGAUACUGUAGGGGGUAAUGUUGAGAGGGAGCUGGGGCUGAUUUGCUCGGGCAGGACGGAACAGGCGAAGGGUCAUGCACUUGUGUUGACACCAGCCCGCAGCACCCCGUGCAGUUCGACCCUCGGAUGCGAAACUGGCACCACUGGCAGGGGGUGGGGGGACUCUGUCACACCUCUUUCUCUACCUUUGCUGUUCCGUCCCAUAAAGACACAUGGGGAAUUAAUCAGAGAGAGAGAGAGAGAGGGAGAGGGAGAGAUGGAAACUCGGAUCAGAGGAUAAACCUUAGUGCUGCAGAGAGAAACACCCGUCAGAGCAAAUAUUCAGCCGAGGCUGCACCUUUCAAUGCACAGCGGUUAUUCCAAGAGAAAGGGAUCUAUUCUGCAGAGCAGCCGCUGUUUUGUUGAGGGUGGGUCCCUGAGUGGAAUUGAUCGAGGAGGGAGGCUGGUUAAAGGACCUUGAAAACCCCGACCACCUUGGCCGUCUCCCCGCUGAAGGCCAGGUUGGUUGAUGCCGGGGGUGAAGAAGCUAGAGAUAGACUCAGUCCCACCCACCCCCCUCUCUCUCCAAUUCUUCAAGUGGCACCGAGCAGCUAUCGGAACGGAUUAAACCGCUCUUAAUUUAUUCCCGCCCACCCCUCUUUUUAUUUUCCCCUCUUGCAAUCGUUAUCAGAUUUAAAAAUCUGUACCUUUUAUUUAGAACAUCCACAACUAUGAACCCAGCCUGUUCAACGUUCAUUUGCCUAUGUUUACACGUGAUACUACCGUGCUUUGGGAUUGAGGCCUCGAUGGAGGAGAACACAGAUUUCAGGCCUCAUGUGGAGAAUCACACCAGACUGAGGGAUGACACAAGCCGCAAGUACGUGCGCCUGUACCAAUUGUACAGCCGUACCAGCGGGAAACACCUGCAAGUCCUGGGAAGGAGGAUCAGUGCCAAAGGUGAAGACGGGAACAAGUAUGUCGUCUGUUCUAUUCUGUCUGACGAUGGCUCCUCCUUUUUUGUCUGA